AUGUCCAUCUCAAGGACAACUUCCGUGUCCGUUGCCCGCCUACUCGCCUCGAGGCCCACUUUAGCGCAUCCUACACCCCUUCUCCGUCACCUGUCGCGAGCCGCUUCGACGUCAUCCACCGCUUCCACCCCUUGUACGUCGAUUGAUACGCCCUCCCAGCAGCUUGAACAUCCCCCCAACAUUGAUCUUUCUCCCGCUUCUCCUUUUCAGCAGCUCAACAACUGACGUGGCCAAAGUACCUCGCGCUGCGUCGAUCGCAACGACUGUACGGCCUGCUCGCUUCGAUCCCGACCACCUUCGCUGGACUCACCCUUGGAGCGAGUUACUUUGCGACCAUCGAGGCUGAACCGACCGAUCUGAUCCUUGGCCUUGAGCCUGUGUAUGCGUGAGUUUUGAAGCGCGCACUUUGCAGAGAUGCCUGAGAAAAGUCAUUCAUGGCGAACGACCCGGGUCGGCGUUCGGUCUUCGGGCCACUGGUCUAUGCCUCGCCAACAUGCGUGGAAAAUAACCCUUGGAAACUAAUCCAUCUGCUGCUAUCCUAUCGACCGCAGAUACGGAAUCGCGACUAUGGCCUGCGUCGCCCUCGGCUGGCUCUCCGGACCUAUCGUCGGCACCGGUCUGUGGAGGCUGACCCACCGCAAGGUCCUACAAGCGAUGGAAGUCAAGGAGAAGGACUUUUACGCCCACAUCGCCAGGAAUCGCGUCGACCCGUCCCGACAAUCUGUUUCGAACCCCGUCCCGGAUGUGAGUUGAGAGUUUGCUUUUGGUCCUCAGCCGAGCCGAGAUAACUGCAUCUGCUGCAUCGAGCUCUAGCCUGUGGAGGACAGGAGUGGAACGUUGACCGAUCUACUUUUCCUUGGUCAUCAUACAGUACUAUGCAGAGAAGGUAUCAAGUCUGUCGGGCUACCGACAGUGGUUGAGGGAUCAGAACGUGUACCGACGAAAAGCGACGUUCGGCGAAGGCCAGGAUGGCAUGAUGUAA